AAAGGACUAAAAUUAAGCCUUAUAUUUUUAGAUUUUUGGCUCGACGAACUGAUGCAAAGUUCAACAAGAUUGUUCUUCGUCGCCUUUUUAUGUCUCACCCUAACAGGCCCCCCUUGUCGUUGGCUCGUAUCACAAGGAAUCUGAAGCAAGAUGGAAACCAAGGGAAGACUGUGGUUGUGGUUGGGACGGUUACCAACGAUCUUCGUAUUUUCGAUCUACCAAAGAUCAGCUUGUGUGCACUGCGCGUGACCGAACAGGCUAGAGCACGCAUUCUAGCGGCCGGAGGAGAGAUUCUGACCUUUGAUCAGCUAGCGGUCAGAGCUCCACUGGGUCAACAGACCCUACUGUUGCAAGGAUGUCGGAAAGCACGCACUGCUGAAAGAAAGUUUGGAGCUGCUGGUCGUCCAGGUGCGCACGUGAAGCCCCUAGUGCGCGCUAAGGGACGAAAGUUCGAGAGUGCUCGAGGUAGAAGAGAGAGCAGAGGAUACAAGAAAUAGAGAAUGUUUCUAAAUUCGAAAUAAACCAAGAUUUUCAAAUA